AUGAAAGAAGUGGACAUUCUCGCAUUUAUCUAUGUCGCUUAUCCGAUUUUUGCCAUCACAGUCCUCUUCUCGCAAGCUCUUCUUCUAUUACUUAUAUUCAAAAAUCAGACAAAGUUGCUACGAACAAUGAGAAUAUAUCUUUUGAAUAUAUGUGCCGCCCAAGUUGUGACAAUAAUUGCUGGAUUUCUGACGCAAUGUCGAAUGGUUCCAAAUCAGACAACAGUGGCGUUUGUAUGCACAGGAGUAUGUACGAGAUUGGGAAGGAAUACGUGUUUCUUGAUUCAUUUAUUGAGAGAUGCAUCUUCAAUGGUUGCUCUCUUUGCAAUAGUUCAUGUCUUCUAUUAUCGAUACAAAAUACUGUCACAUCAGAAACUAUCUUCAACUCAAAUACUGAGAAACUUCAUAAUUGUUCAUCUACCAGCGGUGUUCUGUGCAAUUUGUCAAUUCAUCAAUCCAUCUCAUCACAAUGCAAUCGUUCUGGAAACUCGAGCACUCCAUCCCACUUAUCUCUUCGAAUCUCAAUCAGUUUUUGGAUUCUCAGCACUAAAAUCUCCAGCGGUGAAAGCUUCCACCAUCAUCUUCACUUUCGUUCUUUUUCUGAAUCCGUUGGCUGCUCUUAUCUAUCGAAACAAAAUCUGGGUACUUCUGAACGAGUACGAAGAGUACAAUUCUCCCAGGAUCAAGCAUGCAAAAAGUAUGAUUACGGGACUCACAAUUCAGACUUUGAUCCCAAGUGUAUGCUUUGUUCCUUUGAUUGUACAAUUCUUUCUGACUCAGUAUUCAGAAACGGGAGUGCUGAUAUUGGAGUAUUUCAACUCAUUUCUGGUGAUUCUUCCAACAUUAGUUGAUCCAAUUUUAUCAAUUGUAUUUGUGAUUCCAUUUCGAAGAAUGUUUUUCAAAUAUCUACUCGCAGUUCGCCAGUGUCGGUUCAGUUUCUCAAAACUGUCAGACGAUGAUAUCAUGUCAAAAGGAGGAAAUGGGUAUUCCUCAGUUCGGGCUGCAUCCAGAAAAACGUGA